AUGCAGGACACCUGGACUGCUCGCAAAGCUGAGGAGAUCCAAGCGUACACGGAUCGCAACGAAUGGAAGAACUUCUUCUCCGUCAUCAAAGCUGUCUACGGCCCGCCGACCAAAGGCACCGCUCCUCUCCUCAGCUCCGACGGCAAUACCCUCUUGACUGAGACGAUACAAAUUCUACAGCGAUGGGCCGAGCAUUUCCGCGGCAUCCUCAACCGCCCCUCCGCCAUCUCCGACGCCGCCAUUGUCCGUUUGCCGCAAGUGGAGACCAACUUGGACCUCGAACUCCCACCAUCUCUCCAGGAAACCAUAAGGACUCAAGGUCAACGCGCGCAGCACGAUUUUGAUAAGAUAAGUAAAAGUUAUAUUUUGGGAUUUAAUCUCUUAAUCUCUUACAAAGUUUCCAGUGUAGAUCUGACAACAUUUUCUAUAUUUUGUCGUAAGUCAUCAUCGCUUCCCGUCGUGUUUCGACGAUUUGUCUUAAAGUAGAAAUCAAGUGUCAUAGUUUUUUACCCAACAUAGCCUCAAUCCUAUCAAGUCUUACGUGCAUAUACAAAAGGUUUUCCUCGUAAAAAUAUAGAAUAGCAUUAUAUUUUAAACGACCAACCGUCUCCACUGACCGCUUUUAUCGUCGGUGUACUGAGAAUUAUACUGUUAUCUAUUUUAUACUACAUAGCCUCAUUAUCCAAUUCAAAUUUAUUUAUAGUUCUGUUUUGCCAUCUACGAAAUUGUCAUUUACCCGUUAUUUUUCAAGUAUGCAUUCUGUUAUUGAGUAAAAUUUGCUUACUAUAAACUGUGCUGUCUGGUACACCAAUAUUGACAGCUGUCAGUAAUAGUGCCAUCAUACAUAUCUUUAUCCAUAUAUCUUCGAAGUUUCGGCAGUUAUCAUCCAUAUAAAUAUUUGGGCUUAAGUGUCGUAUUGCUUUCUCGACAUGAAACCUCAGGCAGCCCUUCGCCGAAGGGAACUAAACUUCAUCUGAAACCCAUUUUUCAUAAAAAAAAAUUGAUCUAGGGGCGCUUGAUGAUUUUAACAAUUCUAUGUCUCAUUACAAAUCAAUUUUUUCUGUUGUUGGUGCCCUUUACGGAAAGUUGCCAACGCUUACGUCUCAGCAGUGUGAGAAGCUCAUGCCUCUCAUUAACCUGGUUGCUACUGAGACCGAAGACAGGCACAAACGAAGUUUCAACUUUAUAUUAAAAAACGUUCCUAAGUGUAGACAACCAAUCGAUGUCGCUUUUCAUUUCCUUUAUUCAUGCGGCUUCAACUUUAGGGUCGCUGAAGCUAAAAGGCCUUCAUCUAGGAGCAAGAAUCCACCAAUUCUUGUCAAACUCUUUUCGUCGAUAGAAGUAAAUUUUACUUUCUCCCAUUUGAAGCGCUCGACUCAAUAUCUCAGGGGAAAUAA